GAUCCCUUUGGAAAAAGAAUGGCGGCGAGAACGGCGGCCGCUCGCGGUGCCGCAACCCUAGUUCGGCUAUCGGCUCCUAGAUCAGCGGCUUCUUCAGCUCAGGCCUCGGCUCUAGUCCAGCGCCGUGGGCUCGCCGGCGGCGGUGAUCACCACGGCCCCCCAAAAGUAAAUAUCUGGGAAGAUCCAUUGAGCCCGUCAAAGUGGAAGGAAGAGCACUUUGUGAUUGCGUCCCUGACCGGCUGGGGUUUGCUCAUUUUCGGAAGUUACAAGUUCUUCACCCGUGGAAAGAAGGAGAAGAAGGAUGAGGUACAAAAACUGGUGCACAAUCAUUAA